AUGGAGCAGUGUGUAAGCUGUCCAGGAGACAUGUAUGCUAACACAAAGCACACAUACUGCAUGCAAAGGCCUGCCUCCUUUCUGUCUUAUGAAGAGCCACUGGGGAUGGCACUGGCCUGCAUGUCCCUGUGUUUCUUGCUACUUGGGGUUUUUGUAUUUGGUGUUUUUGUGAAGUACAAUGAUACUCCAAUUGUAAAGGCCAAUAACCGUAUUCUCAGCUACAUCCUACUGAUCUCCAUCACCAUCAGUUUCCUCUGCUCAUUCCUCUUUAUUGGGCAUCCUAACAUAGGCUCCUGCAUCUUGCAGCAGACCACAUUUGGAGUAUUUUUCACAGUGGCAGUGUCUACUGUCUUAGCUAAGACAACGACUGUCAUCCUGGCCUUCAAACUCAAUACUCCAGGAAGAAGAAUGAGAUGGAUGCUGGUAUCAGGGGCACCUAACUUUGUCAUUCCAAUAUGUACUCUGGUCCAACUUGUUCUCUGUGGAAUCUGGCUGAAAACAUCACCUCCAUUUAUUGACACAGAUACAUACUCUGAACAUGAGCAGAUCAUCAUUGUGUGCAACAAAGGUUCAGCCAUUGCAUUCCACAUUGUGCUGGGUUAUUUGGGCUUCUUGGCUCUGGGGAGCUUCACUCUGGCUUUCUUGGCCAGGAAUCUGCCUGACAGAUUCAAUGAAGCCAAAUUCCUAACCUUCAGCAUGUUGGUGUUCUGCAGUGUAUGGGUUACAUUCCUUCCUGUCUACCAUAGCACUAAAGGAAAAGUCAUAGUGGCUGUGGAAGUCUUCUCCAUCUUGGCCUCCAGUGCUGGACUGUUAGUGUGCAUCUUUGUCCCAAAAUGUUAUGUUAUUUUGAUAAUCCCAGAUUCCUAUUCUCUUCAAAAGUACAGAGAUAAAUCACAUUAUUAA